CCUUAACCUCCGCUUUCAAGUGACGCCCCGCGAAGGAAACAUGCACGUUCUGCCGCACUGGUCCACCUGCACACCUACGCUGUCCGUCUUUCCGGAGACUGGGUCCAAGGCACCCUCACUUGCUCCACUCGUUGCUUGGACUGUUGGUCCAACCCCCAUACCCAGACCAGUGUCCGCCGUCCACACCCUCCCGAAUUGCGUAGACGGCCCCGUAUCCCCCGACCACGACUCUAACAGCGACUUUAAACACCCUAGCAAAUUCCCUGAGUGUGGUGCAGGUGUUGACUCACCAUCUGAGCCCCCGGCCCCAGAUGGUCGCGGGGGUGCCAUCCUUCCGACUGCCUCGACCGGCUCCAGAGUAUCCAUGGGACACUGACUCCUGCCCGCCUGGCUGUGUCUAGCUCUUGUAGGCGUCACACUUCGCGACCUUAAGGAGAAGGUGACCUGGGUAGUCUGUUCAAUUGCAGCCUCACCCGCCUGUCAUUUCUGCCUCCUGUCCUGUCAUUCCAACUCCCACUCCUAUUCAUGGCCUGACCC